AUGGAACAUUUGAAAACAUCAUCAAAUCAAAGUUUAAAUCACGAAUAUACUUUAUGUGUUUUUGGUGAAGGUGCUGUUGGAAAAACUUCUCUUACAACACAAUUUGUGGAAGGUGUUUUUACGAGUAAAUAUCAUACAACUAUUGAAGAUGUUUUUAAAAAAACUAUUGAGGUUGAUGGAAAACGAUUUAUUCUCGAAAUUGUUGAUACAGCUGGAACAGAAAACUUUACAGCAAUGCGUGAUUUAAAUAUACAACAUAGUCAAGGUUUUGCUAUUGUGUAUUCAAUAACAUCACAAGCAACAUUUGAUCAUCUUCAUUAUAUUUAUAAUCAAAUUAUGAAUAUUAAAAAAGAACAACCAGCAAUGGUACUUGUUGGAAAUAAAAUUGAUUUAUCUGGUAUGAAAAGAGCUGUUCAUAGAGAAAAAGGUCAAGCAUUAGCUGAUGAAUGGAAGUGUUCUUUUUAUGAGACAUCAGCGAAAGAUUCGAUUAAUGUUCAUGAAAUCUUCAUUGAUUUAAUAAGACAGAUUGAUCGUCGAACAUCAUGUACAAGAAAAACAUCAAUAUUCGAAGAUAUACCUUUAUUGACUAAUUCACUAAUUGAAAACAUUUUUUGUUGUCUAAUUGUUCCUCGAAAAAAAAAAGCAAAAGAAAUCAUGAAAUAA